CCUACCUUGCAGAAGGUAUCUGGAAGCACAAGAAACUCUCACUAACAUCAUCUUAUCUUGGACAGGACUGCCUCUGGUGAAGGCAAAAUGGCUUUCAGUAAAGGAUACCGUGUCUAUCACAAGCUGGAUCCACCUCCCUUCAGUGUGAUAGUGGAAACCAGAAACAGAGAAGAAUGUCUCAUGUUUGAGUCUGGAGCUGUGGCAGUACUCUCAUCUGCAGAGAAAGACACCAUCAAGAGUACCUACUCCAAAGUAAUGGAUGCAUAUGGGCUCUUGGGUGUACUAAGGCUAAACCUUGGAGACACCUUGUUGCAUUAUCUGGUUCUAGUAACAGGAUGCAUGUCUGUGGGAAAGAUACAGGAUUCUGAAGUUUUUCGAGUUACUUCCACCGAAUUCGUAUCAUUACGAACUGAUCCAUCAGACGAAGAUCGUAUCUCAGAAGUGCGCAAAGUUCUGAACUCAGGAAACUUCUAUUUUGCAUGGUCUGCAACUGGUGUCAGUUUAGAUCUUAGUCUCAACGCUCACCGCAGCAUGCAAGAGCAUACCACUGACAAUAGGUUUUUCUGGAACCAGUCGCUGCAUCUGCACCUGAAGCACUACGGUGUGAAUUGUGAUGACUGGUUGUUGCGCCUCAUGUGUGGUGGCGUGGAGAUACGGACAAUAUACGCAGCUCACAAGCAGGCAAAGGCUUGUCUUAUUUCACGACUCAGCUGUGAACGGGCUGGGACCAGAUUUAACGUCCGGGGAACAAACGACGAUGGUCACGUUGCGAAUUUUGUGGAAACGGAGCAGGUGAUAUUUUUAGAUGAUUCUGUGUCAUCUUUCAUACAGAUUCGAGGAUCUGUUCCAUUAUUUUGGGAACAGCCAGGCCUGCAGGUGGGAUCUCAUCGUGUCAGAAUGUCAAGGGGUUUUGAGGCGAAUGCACCGGCUUUUGACAGGCAUUUCAGAACACUUAAAAGUUUAUAUGGCAAGCAAAUUAUUGUAAAUUUACUUGGGGCAAAAGAAGGGGAGCACAUGCUAAGCAAAGCUUUCCAGAGCCACUUGAAAGCAUCUGAACAUUCGGCUGAUAUCAAAAUGGUGAAUUUUGACUACCAUCAAAUGGUUAAAGGUGGAAAGGCUGAAAAAUUACACAGUGUGCUUAAACCACAGGUCCAGAAAUUCUUAGAAUGUGGAUUUUUUUAUUUUGAUGGAAAGGAAGUUAAAAGGUCUCAAAGUGGCACUGUCAGAACAAAUUGCUUGGACUGUCUGGAUAGAACAAACAGCGUGCAAGCUUUCUUUGGCUUAGAGAUGCUAACAAAACAACUGGAAGUAUUAGGAUUGGCUGAGAAGCCGCAGUUGGUUACUCGCUUCCAGGAAGUUUUCCGAUCCAUGUGGUCUGUGAAUGGUGAUUCUGUCAGUAAAAUAUAUGCUGGAACAGGAGCCCUUGAAGGAAAAGCUAAGGCUGGAAAGCUGAAGGACGGUGCUCGUUCUGUGACCAGAACGAUUCAAAAUAACUUUUUUGAUAGCUCCAAGCAGGAGGCCAUUGAUGUUUUGUUAUUGGGAAAUACCCUAAAUAGUGAUUUAGCAGAUAAAGCACGGGCUCUCUUAACCACCAGCAGUUUACGCGCAUCUGUAAAAGUGCUAAAGAGUAUGUGUGAAAACUUCUAUAAGUAUGCAAAACCAAAAAAAGUUAGAGUCUGCGUUGGGACAUGGAAUGUGAAUGGGGGGAAGCAGUUUCGAAGCAUUGCUUUUAAAAAUCAGACCCUCACUGACUGGCUUCUGGAUGCACCAAAGUUAGCUGGUAUUCAUGAAUUCCAAGAUCGAAGAAGCAAGCCUGUAGACAUAUUUGCCAUUGGGUUUGAAGAAAUGGUAGAGUUAAAUGCAGGAAACAUUGUGAAUGCCAGCACAACCAAUCAGAAGCUCUGGGCUGUGGAACUGCAGAAGACCAUAUCGAGAGACUACAAGUAUGUGCUGCUGGCUUCUGAGCAGCUGGUGGGCGUCUGCCUUUUUGUGUUUAUCAGACCCCAGCACGCUCCUUUUAUCAGGGAUGUUGCUGUUGAUACUGUGAAGACUGGCAUGGGAGGAGCCACUGGUAACAAAGGUGCAGUAGCAAUUCGAAUGCUGUUUCAUACCUCCAGCCUCUGCUUCGUCUGCAGCCACUUUGCUGCAGGGCAGUCACAAGUUAAAGAGAGAAAUGAGGACUUCAUCGAAAUAGCUCGCAAGCUCAGUUUUCCAAUGGGAAGGAUGCUCUUUUCCCAUGACUAUAUUUUUUGGUGUGGCGAUUUUAAUUAUCGAAUAGAUAUUCCUAAUGAGGAGGUUAAGGAACUAAUACGACAACAGAACUGGGAUUCCCUUAUUGCUGGAGACCAACUUAUCAAUCAGAAAAAUUCUGGACAGAUUUUUAGGGGAUUUUUAGAGGGCAAAAUAAAUUUUGCUCCUACAUACAAAUAUGACCUCUUUUCUGAUGACUAUGACACCAGUGAGAAAUGUCGCACACCAGCAUGGACAGAUCGAAUUCUUUGGAGAAGAAGAAAAUGGCCUUUUGACCGAUCAGCUGAAGACUUGGAUCUUCUGAAUGCUAGUUUUCAGAAUGACAGUAAUGUCCCUUACACAUGGAAUCCUGGCACCCUGUUGCACUACGGACGAGCAGAGCUCAAAACAUCUGAUCAUAGGCCUGUGGUUGCAGUGAUUGACAUUGACAUAUUUGAAAUUGAAGCAGAAGAGAGACAGAAAAUUUAUAAGGAGGUGAUUGCAAUGCAGGGACCACCUGAUGGUACUGUAAUGGUCUCCAUCAAAAGUUCUUCACAAGAAGAAAACUAUUUUGAUGAUAACUUGAUUGAUGAUCUUCUUCAAAAAUUUGCAAGCUAUGGUGAAGUUAUACUCAUAAGGUUUGUAGAAGAUAAGAUGUGGGUAACCUUUUUGGAAGGAAGCUCCGCUUUGAAAGUUAUGAAAUUAAAUGGUACUGAGAUAUUAGGAAGGACUAUAAACAUAAGUUUGAAAAACCCAGACUGGAUCAAGAGUUUGGAAGAUGAAAUGAAUCUAGAGAAGAUUAAUGUUGGGCUGCCUUCUUCAACAAGCUCCACUUUGCUUUGUGAAGAUGCUGAGGUUACUGCAGACUAUGAUAUGGAAGGUGACAUUGAUGACUAUAGUGCUGAAGUAGAAGAAAUUCUUCCUCAGCAUCUACAGCCAACCUCAAGCUCUGGUCUUGGAACCUCCCCAAGCUCUUCACCACGUUCCAGUCCCUGUCAGUCCCCUACACUCUCAGAUGGACCUUCCCUCCCUGUGAGACCGAGCCGAGCACCAACAAAAACCCCUGGGCCACCUGUUUCCACGCACACUGAAAUCCAGGUUGGCACCCAGCAGAAAGAGUCUUCGCAGAGUCUGGAGCCCAAGCGCCCUCCUCCGCCUCGUCCUGUUGCUCCUCCCGCGCGCCCCGCUCCACCACAGAGGCCGCCUCCACCAUCAGGCGGUAGGAGUCCUGCACCUGCUAGAAAAGAAUUUGGAGGUCUUGGAGCUCCUCCCAGUCCUGGGGUAGCUAGGAGAGAAAUAGAAGCACAAAAAAGUCCUGGAACACAAAGAAAAGAUAAUUUAGUUCGUAGUCAGGCUCCACCUUCAACUGGAUUUUCAAGUGCAGGAACUGCUGGAUAUAGCACAACCAGACCGACUAUUCCACCUCGAGCUGGAGUUAUUAGUGCACCACAAAGCCAGUCCGGGGGCAGACCAGCAUCUGAAACUCAGGCCAAACCCGCUGAACCACCAAGGGGCUCGCCGUUACUUCCUGAACCACUAAAGCCUCAGGCUGUGGGACCUUCUCCACCCAGCACGCAGCCUCCACCUGUCCUAAGGAUGCAAGAGCCCCUGAUCCCUGUGUCGGCACAUCCAUCCCAGACGAGUACCCCGCAUGCUCUGGAGCCUCCCCCGCAGCCACCGCCUCGUAGCAGAUCAGCUCACAGUUUGCCUUCUGAAUCUGCUCCUUCACAGCAGCAAAUUAAGACCAAUGGAACGUGUGGCACUAAGCCUGAGGCACAGUUAAACACUGACCCCUUUGAAGAUUUGUCAUUUAAGCUGCUUGUGUCAAAGAUGCAGACAUCCAUUCGAACAUCACCCGUUCCAACUUCAAACCAAAAGGAGCUGAUGCAGCUGCCUUCUGCAACGCAAAGACAAGCUGAUACCCUGAACCUUGCAAACUGCAUGCCAGCAAUGCCUCCUCUCCCGACCUCUAACACAUCCCAGGAGCACACGCGCAGCUCUCCAAAUCCGUUCGCUACUGGACUGAACUGCACAAAUCCCUUCACCGAAAGAAUUCCAAAUGCUGGAAACCCCUUUAGAACAGAAACCCAAGAAUCUGAAGUAGCUUCACGUAUCCUAGAGGGACGCACCGCUUGUAAUCCCUUCCCCUCGCUACGUCCCCCCACUCGUACUACAAGCAAGCCUGUGUUUUCUGUUGACGUAUUUGAAAACAGUUUUUGCUUGCAAAGUAGAUCUUCCGUGGAAAAGAGCAUACAGCCAAAAGGAUGGGUAACGUUUGAUGAUGAGGAGGAGAAUUUCAAUGCAAAGCUAAAGCCAUCUAAAAGUGUUCCAGAUUUUAAGCAAAUCAGUUCCAGGAGGUCAGCUGGAUCUCCGGAUUUGCUGGGCACUGAACAAAAUACUUUUCUUGGCUCAGACUUUACCUUUGGUAAUGACUGGAAUAAAAGCUCUACAGAUUGCUUCUACACAUUGCCAGCAAGAAGACCACCUGCACCUCCUUUGCCAUCAAGAAUAACCAGCAACAGAUCCCCUGCAGAUCCUUUUGCUUCUUCAGCACCCAAGGCGUCACCAACGCAAGAUUUUACAGAAAGAUAGAUGUUCAAAAAUAUAAGAGGUUAUAUUUGUUGCUACAUUUAUCCAGUAGAAUAAUUGGGCAUUUGAGAUUAUUCUGUGUGCAAUAACUGUCAAAUGCACUGAAGCCUAACUCUACUCAUGAGCAGCCACUAUGGUUUGUGUAUAAAUUUUGAAUAUGUAUAUAUGGUAGAGCACAAAAAAAAAGAUGAAAUUUAUUGAUAUCCAGAUGUAAUAGUAUUUGAAUGGAUAGAA